AUGGCACAACAGCGUCGAUCACGAUCGCCGGAGAUUCCCAAUUAUGACGAAGUCGGUCCUGCUAUGCGCGAAUAUUAUUUCAGUAUACACGAGGCCGAUGUUGAAGAGCAGCUCGUAGAGCAUGAAGCACCUGCAUGCAAUCAACUAUUGCAGGAAUUUUGGGAUUUCUUUCGCGGCGCUGCAGAGAUUCGCAAUUUGAUGUAUGGGUUCAUCUUCGAAGACUCAGCAUUGAGUCUAAUAGUGGAAGAAAGCGAAUACCACGGACCCGCUGUUCGCUUUUAUGUCGGGGCAAAGACCGGGACGCGCAUCCCUUACCGCUAUCUACUCGAGCCCGACUACUUCAUCGACAACGCCGAGAUAAGGAAAGAGAUGGCCGACAUGUGGUUCCGAACUUCAAAAUUCGGCGUCCAAGAUCCCUCAACCAUCGCUUCUUCUCUCCUUCAGUUUCCGUGGGGUGCUGGUUUGAAACCACUCACAACAUUAAGGCACGUCCUCGUAGUAGCAUAUACUAGAUACAAUCCCGACGAUGAGCCCCACGAACUGGAACGAUCAUUAAAGCCCCUGCUUCUUCUCAAUACCAAAGCAGCCAUCACGAUCUAUGUGGAAAAUCUUAUUCACUACCCAGAUUUUGAAGACGCAGAAGUUGUUGUGUCAAUGAGAACAUGUGCGCAGAGGGCAGCAUAUCUCUUCCCAGAAUUGGUUGAACUGAGAAGCAGGGGAUACAAGGUGACUGUGCGUUCUGAAUUUGGCCUGGAGUUCUUAGUCGAGCCUGAAGAGACUACUGUGGAAGGGUGGACAAAGAUAUGCGAAGCGGCUGUUGAAGAGGCUCGCAUAAAGCUCUGGAAAGCAGAGUACAGUGAAGAUUUCGGGGACUGGGACAAAAUGGAGGAAGCAUCACAGAAGUAUAUCUCGGAUAGCUCACAGCACUACUGUUCGGAUGAUCCACAAGAGGAAGAUUCGGAUGAAUCACACGAGGAUGGGUCAGACGCGUCGCAAGAGGAUGAGUCGGACGCGUCGCAAGAGGAUGAGUCGGACGAAUCACAAGAGUAA